GGGGGAUCAGUCACUUUCGAGCCUAUUUGUAUGGGCGGAAGUUCACGCUGGUCACCGAUCAUGAACCAUUAUUAGCCUUUGAAGAAAUCUAAGGAUUACUUAGGCAUGAUGAGGAGAUGGGCAACGAUGUUACAGAGUAUGGACUUUGACAUUCGUCAUUGGAAGCACAUGAGGCACGGGAAUGCGGACGGGUUGACACGACUGCACCGACACGAGAAGGUCCUCAAGAGCGAGGAGGUGAUUCCGUGGAACGAACCGAAGGAUGAUAACGGAUCACGUGACGAGAGUCCGGCUCCGCACGUCCUUACACGGACAUUGGCGCCGUAUCUUCAGUGGACGGCGUGCUUGGAAGAACCGGGGAACGAAACCGCCCUACCAUCACGGCAGGAGUACUUGAAGCCGUCCGGAGUCAUCAAUCUCGCCUUCUAUCCGAAGCAAGAUACAUCCGAGGAGGUAGAAGAAGAAGAAGCCACCGAAGAAGAGGACGACGCCGAAGAAGAAACGUCGGAGGAAGGGAGCUAUAGUGAACACAACGAAGGGGAGCAGAGUGAAGAAGGAAAAGAAGAAGAAGCAGAAGAAGAAGAAGAAGAAGAAGAAGAAGAAGAAGAAGAAGAAGAGGAAGAGGAGGAAGCCGGAUCAGAGUGGGAGGCCUUGCCGAAAGAAGCGGCACGCACAGGCACGGAGGCGGAAGAUCCCGAGGCGGCACGUAAAAUGGAAGAGAUCGCCGCCGGGAAAAACCAGCUGGAAUUCGUCAGCGAGGCGGACCUGUGCACCAACGACAACCCGACUCGGGAUCAAGAGCCCCCCAAGCCUGAAGAUGGCGACCCGGCAACCGCGGCUCCAAGCGCAUCGCGACAGAGACGGAGCCGAUCCCCCUCCCCCUCCACCUCAGCCCGUCCCCCAGUUCGUCCACGUACCGAUGCGGGCAAUCGGCCUUCGUCCCCAGUCAUUAUCCCGCCGUCCCCUUGAUUACCUCACCCUCUGUCAGAUCUCUACCCCCGUCACCUUCACUCACAACCCCUUCCCUCCCAAUACCUUCUGUCACUUUUUC